GGUGGGGCAGGCGGCGGUUAGGUGAGGCGUGUCAUGAGCAUCUCCGUUUCCAACGGCGAGCGGGCAGUCGACGCGCGGACGACUGGGCACGGCGCUCCGGUGAGGGACUGUUGCUGUGUCAGUGUGUUAUGAUGCCAUCUCGUACCAACCUGGCUACUGGAAUCCCCAGUAGUAAAGUGAAAUACUCAAGACUCUCCAGCACAGAUGAUGGCUACAUUGACCUUCAGUUUAAGAAAAGCCCUCCUAAGAUUCCAUAUAAGGCCAUUGCGCUUGCUACAGUACUGUUUUUGAUUGGCACCUUUCUCAUCAUCAUAGGCUCCCUCCUGCUGGCGGGCUAUAUCAGCAAAGGGGGGGCAGAUCGGGCCGUUCCUGUUCUGAUCAUUGGCAUCCUGGUGUUCCUGCCAGGGUUUUACCACCUGCGCAUCGCUUACUAUGCAUCCAAAGGCUACCGGGGUUACUCCUACGAUGACAUUCCAGACUUUGAUGACUAGCACCUACCUUAGCCCUGAGGGGCAGAGUCAGAUGGGACUGAGCUCAGCUUUAAGAUACUGAGCAGAAACUAUAGCUUAGGGCUAAGGAAUUCUACAGGUUGCAGAUGCUUAACAAAACAAUGGCCAUGUUUUAUGGGUCCAUCCUAAGAGCUUACAAUUAGCUAAUUAGGGCAUGCUUUAUAUUUCAUCUCCUGGCCCUGACAAAAAGCUGACAAGUUUUUCCACAUGAACCUGUAUCAUGGAAUAGCAAUGUAAAUUGGAGAAAGUGGGAGGCUAUUCUGUAGUGGGAAGUGUUGCUGCCACCACCCUUUUUAGAGUUGAGCAUUUCUUUUAAAUAGUCUUUAUUAUCAGUUUGUUCUUGUGGUAAAUGGAAGACUGCAGUAUGUCAAAUUUCUUAUUACUAAGUAAUUUAUUUUGAAAAUACGUAAGUAUCUUACCCCCUGUUCAAGUGGAAGACCUUGGCAAAAUCAAAUAUUAGUGUGGGUGCAUCUGAAAUAUUUUUUACUUGCUUUCUUAUUCAGAGCAAUCAGGAAUUUUAAACCUCAGAGCAAGUUUUCAAGAUGUAGACACUUUCUCUGCUCACCAUUCCUUGGCCAGCACUGAUCUGGCUCACAAUUAGGUUGGGCACCAUAUAAUUUGGGUAAUUCUAUUCUUUAUACAUUAAGGUGUUCUGUAUGUCAUGCCUUUAAGGACUAGACUUUUGGCAGUUUUCGAAGAAAAAAUGUAGAUAAGUGGUUGUUAGUUAGUUUAUAACCCCAUUGUUAGCACCUUGUAUUAUGAUGUCCUUCUUCUGAAGAUUGCAAGAUUUGGCCUGGAUUCCUAGGGGACUAGAUUGCCUUAGUUUGAUUUUGUUUCCUAGCUUGCAAAAGGUGACUUAUGUUCAAAACAAAAUGUCAAAAUCUAAGUCCUACACUUAAAUGAGUUAAUUUUAAACAUAUUUCAGAAAACAUUUUAAUGAUUAAAUGAUAUCUUAGAUCCCAA